AUGUCUUUGCGCAUCCCAUUAGCCCGCGCUGGGAAGCGUGCGACGGCAUCCUACGUACCCGCCACAUCCAUCCUGUCACCAUGGAGAAGACGCAACGCGACUGUUGCUCCGCCCGUCACACAGGAUGCCACAGGAGCUAAAGGGCCCACCGCAAUGGUGUUUAUGAACAUGGGUGGUCCGUCAACGACAGAUGAAGUCGGUGAUUUCUUGAGCAGAUUAUUUGCUGACGCCGACUUGAUCCCUCUUGGCCGGCUUCAGAAUUAUAUUGGACCUUACAUUGCACGACGGAGAACGCCCAAGAUCGAGAAGCAGUAUGCAGAGAUUGGCGGUGGCUCGCCUAUCCGGAAGUGGUCCGAAUUCCAAGCUGCAGAGAUGUGCAAGAUCCUCGACAAAACAUCACCAGAGACUGCACCCCAUAAACCCUACGUCGCUUUCCGCUACGCAAACCCACUCACCGAAGAUAUGUACAAAAGACUUUUGGAGGAUGGAUUUGGAGGUGGAAAGGGUGGCAGAGCUGUCGCGUUUACACAAUAUCCCCAAUACUCGUGCUCCACCACAGGAUCCUCGCUCAACGAACUAUGGAAAUGGAGGCAAAGGUUGGAAGGAAAGCGCGCAACAGGAGAAGUUGAUCCUGAGGGCGCAAUUCAGUGGAGUGUCAUAGAUCGAUGGCCAGUUCAUUCAGGACUCGUGGAGGCAUUUGCGCAGAACAUUGAGAAGACACUCGCAGAAUAUCCCCCCGAAAGAAGAGAUGAUGUCGUCCUUCUAUUCUCUGCACACAGUUUACCGAUGUCGGUCGUCAAUCGUGGUGAUCCUUACCCCGCCGAAGUUGCUGCGACCGUCUACGCAGUUAUGCAGCGCCUUGGUAUGAAGCACCAAUAUCGACUCGUAUGGCAAUCGCAGGUCGGCCCACAGCCAUGGCUCGGUGCGCAAACUUCAGAUACCGUCAAGUCCCUGAUGAAGAAAGGCCAAACAGACAUGAUUCUCAUUCCGAUUGCAUUUACGAGCGAUCAUAUCGAGACAUUAUAUGAAUUGGACAAGGAGGUUAUAGGAGAGGACGCUGAGGGACACGAAGGUGUAAAACGCGUGGAAAGUUUGAACGGCAAUCCGGUCUUUAUUCAAGCUCUCGCAGAUCUUGCUAAGGAUCAUCUUCAAAGCGGAAUUGCAUGCAGCCCGCAAAUGACGUUGCGAUGUCCAGGCUGUGUAAGUGAACGCUGUCUUGCUCAGAAGGAAUUCUUCGCUGGCCAGACGAAACGUUUACCCGCCGUUGCAUAG